AUAGAACGAUCAGAAUGGCUCUUUCUAAACCUACAAAUUUAAUUUUUCAACUUACUGCUGCUUACUUUGACCGUCUUUAUACUAGCCCAUUGAAAACUAAAGCGAUCACUAGCUGUAUCAUAGCUACUCUUGGAAAUUUUUUAUCACAAAAAAUUUCUGGUGUAAAACGUAUUAAUGAAGACAGUUUACUCGCAUUUGCUCUUUUUGGACUGUUCUUUGGAGGUCCACUACCACAUUAUUUUUAUACAUAUAUACAACCAUUUGUGAAAAAUCCUCUCAUGCUUUUAUUAGUGGAAAGAUGUUUAUAUACACCAUGUUAUCAAGCAUUAGCAUUGUACAUGUUAUCUCUUUUUGAGGGUAAUACACAUAAAGAUUCUUAUAAACAAUUAAAAAAAUUAUACUGGCCAGUACUUACUGCAAAUUUGAGAUAUUUAACAUUACUACAAUACAUUAACUUAAAAUAUGUUCCACCAGUGUUACGUGUUCUUGUAAUAAAUCUUAUUGGCUUCUUUUGGGCUAUAUAUCUUGCACAACAACGAAUUAAACAUUCAAAAGCUACUGGAGCAAGAAAAUAACACAUCAAUAACAGCUAAGUUUAAUUUUUAUUUCAUUAGGUGCAAAAAAAGAUAAGUAGC